AUGCUCCACUAUGAUUCGUAUUGUUGUUCUCUUUUGUUGAUCACUGAGGACAUUGCAAAAUCAGAAUGGCUUAAUGUGUGUCCUUUUGACUGUGUGUUGAAAUGUAGGACUGAGCUUUGCCGUUUCAGUGGACACAAGAUUUACCCUGGUAGAGGUAUCAGAUUUAUCCGAUCUGACUCUCAGGUGUUUUUGUUCAUAAACUCGAAAUGCAAGAGGUAUUUCCACAACAAGUUGAAGCCAUCCAAGCUUUCAUGGACUGCCAUGUACAGGAAGCAGCACAAAAAGGAUGCUGCUCAAGAGGCUGUGAAGAAGAGGAGACGUGCAACCAAGAAGCCCUACUCAAGGUCAAUUGUUGGUGCUACUUUGGAGGUCAUUCAGAAGAAGCGAGCUGAGAAGCCCGAAGUUCGUGAUGCGGCCAGAGAAGCUGCUCUACGUGAGAUUAAGGAGAGAAUCAAGAAGACCAAGGACGAGAAGAAGGCAAAGAAAGCCGAGUAUGCUUCAAAGCAACAGAAGUCUCAAGUGAAGGGCAAUGUCCCCAAGGCUGCAGCACCCAGGGCCGCUAAGAUGGGUGGUGGUGGUGGCAAACGUUGA